AUGCCGCAGACCAGACUCGACGAAAAGAAAAGCCAGGACGCGUCUCAGCAGAACGACGACGAACAAGCCACUGCCGGCUCGAAGAGGAAGGAGACCGAUCCCACCCAUGGUGAGAACAAGUCGCAGGAUGAUAAUGAUGAUCGUGCCAAGAGCCGUAAGACAGAGACGAAUGAUGAACAGCAAGAUCAGAAGCAAUACGACAGCUCCACGAAGCAACAAGGUGGAAACGGUGAGGCUGUUGCUGCAGAGCCAGUGAAGCUCUCCGAUGACCGGCAGAAGGUCGACAACAAGCUCAAGGGCGACGACAUUGAGAUUAACAAGGGAGAACCUGGCUCGGAUGACAAGAAGUCUGAGGUGCCUUGGCAUGUGUCGGAGAAGGGACUCGUCUAUUUCUUCUACCGGCCCAAGGUCCGAUCUGCCGACAAGGCCGAAUUGAACAGUACCAAGUCACUGGACGAUGUCCAGAACACGUUUAUGCUGCUCGUUCCAAGAGCUAGCGAGUCCAACACAGCACCAGCAAAAGGAUCCAAGAAGGAGGCGGACGAAGACGACAAGAGGAAGCCGCCCAAUCCAACCGCUUACCGCCUAGUCUCACUCGGCAAGAAGCGCAUGCCUAGCCCGGACGCUGCUUUGAAGGCUGGGCAAGAGCCGGGCGGUAUCGGCGGUCGUCACAGCGAAGCCAUCUGGGCUACCGUUGCGGACAUUGGUGCUGAUUUGAACAAUGUCGCUAAAGGGAUGGGUGAAGAACGAUAUUCCACAAAGACAAGAGGAGACCGCAUCAAGCCGCCAGCGAGACCUGCUGGUCGCGGUCACUAUGCGAUGAGCAUCAAGAAGACCGAUCCACCCUCUUCGCGCGAAGUUUGCCUCACAUAUCACCUAUCACAUCCGAGCAGCAAGGACUUUGGACAGGUACAAGAAGAGCUUGGGCUACAUCCGUCCUCUUCGGUGCUCAUGCAGAUGCGCAAUCCGACGCUUGCUCCUACUGGACCAGAAGCACCACCAGCAGGCUUGCCCGAGGACAAGCGUGCGAUCCUGACGAAAGACGAGCUGCAGGAGAACUUUGGCGGAAACGUCAGCAAGAAGGGCAAGCGAUACGCGCGACCGGAAGAGCCAUCUUUGCUCGAUCGUUCGGGUGUCGAAUUGCUGCUGAUCAAGCGGGAGCAGCAAGAGGACGACGGUUUGAAGGGGCUCGGCGAAGAACAAAGCGAAGCGCUCGCCAAGCUGGCUAAAGAGGAUAGCGAGAAGCUCUCCGACGACGCGAUUCUCAAGGAGUUGAAGCUUUCGAGUAAAGACGUUGAGGUCGACGCGUUAUCGGGCGACUGGAUCUGA